CAAAAAUCGAACUGCGUGCAAUUGUGUGCGUGUUCAGCACCGAAUGUUUUUGGUUUCUUAUUAUUAUUAACAAAAAACAAGUGACCCAGAAAUAUGAGCGAAACGCUUGCAGAAACUGCAGCUGCAGCGGAAAAUGAUGAGCAGGCCGACGACUCGAUGGAAAAGCUGGAGUUCGACGAGGAAGACGAGCAGAUGGUCUCCGGCGAAGAUUUAUUGGGUGGCAAGAGUUUGAUGAUGUCGGAUGACAGCGACAACGAGGAUGGAGCCCAGGAGCAGCAACAAAAGAUCUCACCCAAGGCCAGGCGCCAAAGGAUGAUGGACAGUGAUGAGGAGGAAGGUGCAAUGGAGCAGGGAAAUGAUUCCCCAAAGGGAGAAGUGGAGGAGGAGAUGGUUACUAGGCCGAAAAAGAAGGUACCCGCCAUGAUGGAUUCGGAUAAUGAUGAAGAGCAGCCGGCGGAUAACCAGGAGGGGAAGGAGGAGGAGAAGCCACCCGUCAAGAAAGGCAGGAAGAAGAGAUCCCAGGUGGAUGACGACCAGGAGGAGCAGGAGAAACCUGUGACAGCAAAUAAGACAAAGAAGGCGGGAAGGAAUAAGAAGCAGACCCAAUCAGAAAAGGUGGAGGAUAACUCUUCCAAGGAGGAUAAACCAAAAAGAGUCGUAAAAAAUAAGAAACAAUUGGCUAAAGAGGGUAAAUCCCCGGCAGACAAAGAGGUUGAAGUUGAGAAACCUGCUAGGACACAACAGUCUAAAAAGUUGACCAAGAAACAGAAGCAACAAGAGGAUAAGAAGGAGGACAAUGGCACUGAACAGGAGAAUUUGAAAUCUGCCUCAAAAACCAAGGCAAAAAAGACCGGCAAACCCAAAAAGGAUUCCCAAAUAGAAAAAGAGGAGGAUUCGCAAAUGGACGUGGAUGAAGACUCCAAAACUGAUCAAAAAGAAGAUCAGGAGCCUCAAAAGCAGAAGGCAAAGAAAUCAGCCAAGAAAAAUAAUAAAAAGUUGGAUGGAAAGGAAUCGGAGGAGGUCACACAUCAGAAAGACCUGGAGCAAAAGAAGCCACCCAAGAAAAACAAGAAAAAUAGGUUGGAUAGUAUUGACAAUAAGGAGGACAAGGAGCAGAUAGUUGAGCCGAAAAAAAUGGCCACGAAAAACAAACAGAAAAUACUGAGCGAUGACGAGGUAGAGGAGAAUAAAGAUGAAGCUGGGGAAGAUCAGGAUCUCAAGCAAAUGGACACUGAAAAAGAGGCAGAAAUAGACAGCGAUAAGGAAGACCAGGAUAAGCAGGAACCACCCAAGAAGUCGAAGAAAAAGAAGCAACGAAUGGACAGUGAUAGCGAAGAUGAAAUCCCGAAAGCCCAAAGCGAGGAAGAAACCAGUUCACCCAAAAACAAGCUGAAGGGAUUGGUGGACUCCGAAUCUGAGCCGGAAGAGGCGGCUGCAGCAGUGAGUCCCAUCAAGAACAAACUCAAUGGACUGGUGGACUCGGAAUCGGAACCAGAGCUAGACAAUCCAUAUGAAUUUGCAGAUGAACAGGAAGCGCCCACAGGAAGCAACGACUCCAAAGGAAAGCCUAAGAAGCCCAAAGUGGUUCGCGAAUCAGCUAAGAAAGCGCUGGAGGGGAUGCAGGCCAUCCAAAGUGAACAGCAGCGUUUGCACCGCGAGGCGCACAUCAAUGUUCCCUAUCAUCAGCCGAAGCCCAGAACACUGAAGGAGUUUCUUAGCCGACGAACCAUUAACGCUCCUUUGGCCACGGCUCUGGCUGGAGGAAGUCCGAUGCCCAGCAGGCAGCCAAGGAAGUCGGUGGGUCUGCGAAUGACCAGGGAGGAGUUGGAGGCUUAUGCAAAACUUAUGGAAGAUCGCGCCAAAGAAGCUACCGAGUUCUUCAAGUCUGAAUCGGAGCCAGAUGAGGAGAAUGAUUCGGAGAACGAAGAGCCUAUGGAGUUAAAAGACAAUCCAGGUGUUUUGGAUGAGGUGCUGGAUAAUCCCAAAACUCCAGAGCAGCCAAAGAAAGACACAGAGGACUUGACGGGCCAAGCAGUUUUAGCGGAAUCUCUCCAGGGUGAAGCCCUGCCAGAUGAUCCCGUCGAGAAAGAAGCAAUGGUGACAGAUUUAAUUGCUGAAGAAGAACCCAUUGCAUCCACCUCUUCUGAUGGUGCAUUAAAAUUCACUGAUUUUGAAGUUCAGCAAGAGAUUAAUGCGAAAUCUCCGAGCAAAGUCUGUCUGAUUACAGAAGUGGUGGAACUGCCCAAGCUGGACUUGAGCACCAUCAACAUAACACCGCCCUCUAAACCAGCCACUCCCAAGAUCAGCGAAGCCAUUCACCGGCUGAAAAUAGAGAAGAGCUCUGAUGAGAGCCCUUCACUGAAAGGCGAUCCCAACAUGGUUAUCGAUCUGGAAACUGGUGAUAUGUUCGCCAAAAAACCAACGGGUGUUGAUGAUCUGCUAAAUCGACUGAUGAAAACGCGGGAAGCUAAGAAGCACAAGACCACAGAGACUGUUAACAUCCUAUCCACGGAACAUGGCAAGCUGGAGAUGUCCAAGGUGAGCAUUCACCUGCACGAAGAGGAAAUCGCAAAAGAACCAAAGCCGGGAGCGGGUUACAUCAAAAUGCAGGAGCAUCUCAAAACCCUGAUCACCAGGAAACGCAUGGAGGACCUGCGCAAAAAGCAGGCUGAGGAACAGGAGAAACUGGCAGAAGAUGAGGAGGAAGGCAUGGAUGUGGAUGAGGAGUACGAACCGGAAGAUAAACCUGCUUAUGCAGAAGUAACUAUAAAUGAAGACGAGGAAAUCAUAGAUAAAGGUGAUAGCACUGCUGAGGACGACGACGAUGCUGAAGAAAACAAAAACGAUGCAGACGAAGAUCCAGUUGAAGAUCUAGAGGAUGAGGAAAAUGACAGUGAAAGUGAACAGGAAUGUGAACCGGAGCCAGAGCCAGAAACGCAAACAAGGAAGAAGAACCGCAUCAUUAAAGCCUUCGAGGACGACAACUCCGAUGAAGAUGAUCUCGAUCUGCUGCAAACUCCGAAGCCCAGCAAUGUUACUCCCAUUACAGCGACUCAGUUGCAAUUAUCCGCCCACAAGCUUUUCGAUGCGGAAACCCGACGCACGGCCAGCGACGAGGAGAACGAACUCCUUGAUCUGUGCUCUGGCCAGUUUCCGCAAACCCAGAUGCUCUCCUCCGCCGCUCCUUCAGUCGAUGCAGCUGUGAUUAGUCAGAUUCCCAUGACACAGUUUGGCGGCAGCAGUCAGGCCGCAGAUGAACUGGAGGGUCUGUGUUCUGGUACCUUUGCCACCCAGUUGCCAUCGCAAGCACCCACUCAACAGCCGGAGCAGCAGGAAGAUUACCGAGAAUCGGCAGUCGUGGCCAACAGAAUAGUAUCCAGCAACGAAGAAGCCCAGGCGGAUACCUUGGAAGUGGAUAAGCCAAGAAACAAAAAACUCACCAAGAAAAGGCCAAAGAAAAAGGCCAAGUUGGGCUUCUCGGAUGAUGAAGAUAGCGAUGGUGAAGCUGAGGAAUUCGAGGAGGAAAGCGACGGAGAGCCAGUGGAGGAAAUUCCGGAAACCUUUGUGGACUACGAUUCCGAGGAAAAUGAAAUUGUUGUGGAGAUGACCAAGAAGGAUCGUAAAAUGCGAGCCGCCAACUUUGUGGACAAAGAAGCUGAGCUCUCCGAAUCCGAAUGGGGAUCUGCCGACGAGGACGAGAAGAACAUGGAUCAAUACGACAUUGAGUUGGGCGACGAAGAUCAGUUCGAUCGUGAUAAGCUGCGGCACGAGCUGGGCCAGAUACACGCACGUAAAAUGAUGGAUCAGGAUAUCCGGGAAGUGCGCAAGAUCAAGGAAAUGCUCUUCGAAGAGGAAGAGGAGGGAGCGAAUCGCCAGCGCCAAUUCCGUUGGAAGAACGUGGAGGCCGGUUUCACUUUAGAGGAUAAUCGACCCGACAAUGGUGAAGGAAACGAAGGCAGUGGCGAUGAGGAAAACGAGCAUCUGUGGCGAAAAAUCCGCUAUGAACGCGAGCAACUUCUCUUAGAGAAAGGUCUAAAACCGGAGGUAGCCUCACCGCUCUCCACGUCCGUGAUAAACACCAGUAACACUGGUAAUUCCAUUCGCCGGCUGAACAUUAUUUCCUCUAAGAAGACAACUGUGGAGGUGAAGAAGAGUUCUCCGUUCCUGAUCUCAAAAACAAUAGCUGGCAAACAGCAGAAGAGCGCAGCUCGUGGCUCCUUUCUAGUUCGGGACCAGCAAACGCUCACCAAACUGGCAGGACUCACAAAAGGAUCCUCCGGCGAUGUGGACGCAGCGGAGGGCACUAUGUCUGUGAAGUCAGCGAAGGCCAAGAACUUUGUGUUCGCCACGCUAACGGAGGAGGAACAUGAGAAUCGCAAGAGAAAAGCAGCCGAUUUACUGAACAGCAGCACUGAAACAGGCGUAAACUUCAUGAAGAAACCAAGAAUGGAGCCGCGGAGAGACAAGUGCCUAAUAGAUCAGCUCCUUUGAUCGUUUCUUCUUUUAAGCUGGGACGCACCUUAAAUGUACAUUUUGAAAGUUAGACUUAAGAUAGGUAAUAGGAGUGAAUAAAAAUAAAUGUAAUUUA